AUGGAUAACCGCCCAGUAAACCAGUUGAUAUUCUCCUUGAAACCUCUCAAUACUAGAGCCGAGAAGGUGGUAUCACACAAGUAUAAUGAGGAUUACACAUCGAGCAAGUGGCAUGGGAAACGCUGCUUCAAUUUUGGAAGUACUCUUCCAACCAAGAACAGUAAUAAAAUCCUUACUAUCGCAACGAUGGGUAGUAGCCGAAGCAAGACUGAUGCCUACAUAAGCGGAGACGAUAUUGAAAGCGUACACUGUACCUUCUAUAUCAACUAUGAGACGGGUAUCGUAGUACUUCAAGAUGAAUCUUCCGGAAAGACUCGCGUUUACCAGGACGCCAAAUCCAAAACUAACAUGUCUUCUAGUCAAUACCAUCGUGCAGUAGUUAUGAAAGGAGUUAACAGCAUGAUUUCUCUAGGAUCCCAAGACAAUCCAGCAAGGUUCGAGAUUAUCUGGAACCUCGGACCAGACAAAAUCCUGGACAUUGUGAAGAGGCGAAUUUCAGAAGCUUCCGAGGCUAGAAGAGGUAAGGAGCUCUGGACUUUUAAGGAUCAGACACAUUGGACAAAUGUCCCGGAUCCAAUAAAACAUCAUCCAAUAGUUGAACUUGGGAGGGGCGGGUUUGGCAGAGUUCUGAAAACCGUUGACAUGUACUCCGGCGGCGUGAUGGCCGUUAAGCUACUGCAUCGGCCUGCUAACCAUAAAGAUCGUCGUUGGCUAGACACCUUGAUAUCCACCCGAGAUCGAGAAGUCUUUAUACUUUCAAAACUUAAGCACAACAAUAUCGUGAAUUAUCUUGGCUCGCAAGGCUGGGACACGGGGUUUGUUGAGAUAUUUAUGCCCAUGAAAAAGGGAACAUUGGCCAGCCUAGUGCGCAAGUAUCCAUCAUACGACGACCUGAAGAAAAAUGGCAACGCUGUAUUACUACAGAUGUUGUCCGCGCUCGAUUAUCUUGCUUUUCAUAAGCUCAUACAUCGCGAUAUAAAGCCGGAUAACAUUCUUUACGAUGUAACUAUCGUAAACGGAGAAGAGCGCAAUGUCUUCCAACUAGCUGAUUUUGGUCUGUCGGUCCUCCAGGACCUAGGAAGGAGUCAGGCCGGCACCUUAGUCUUCAUGGCACCUGAGGUAUACGAUGGUCAGAAGCAACAGACGCCUAGGGCGGACAUGUGGUCUUUGUACGUGACCAUGUUGUGGGUUUACAACGAGCAACUGUUCCGCCAUAGGGUCGAAACAGGGAGACUACAGAGACAAUCCGAUGUCCGCAGAGCCGUUCUGAAUAUCGCCUCAACUAGCAAAGACUUGCAGUUUAUCCGGAGCAUGGCGAUUUACGACCCUUCCCUUCGCGCUUCGGCGGCCCAGGUAUUGACUGGUCUUCGCAGACAGGACUUGAUGACCAAUAAAACCGCCGGGCCGACAAACUCGUAUAGCGAAUGGAUGGAGGCUGUUAAGGCGGGCCGGAGCAAAUUCAGCCCCUAUCUCUCUCAAAUCCUCGAGUUCUAA